CGUAUUUUAUUUAUUUUACAGCGUUUUAUGACGUCAUAGCCAAUUCAGGUCAUCGGCUAUAGAAGGAGGGGGAGGGAGGCUCCCCAUAUCGAAAAAAAUGAGCAGUCACGACGCACACUCCGACAGUAAAUCAAACGUAUUUCAAAUACGCAUCGAUAGCGUUGACGAUGAGAGCACUGCACCCAUAACGGAGGCGAAUUCCCGCGAAGAUCUCAUCAGUAGUGCAGCACAGGAGAGUGAGCGAAAUAGCGAGCAAUUAGUUUUUCAAUUUCCAAGAUUUCUUUCGGUGCCGACGCUGCGCAAUUCGAGACAGAAUUCGCUGCACACUCCUAAGCGAGAGGUUGUGUCGAGUCCGGCCAAGAGUGAGCGAAUGAUCCGCAGCCAACCGAUCAAGGUGCGCCCACGGAGACUUAGCCAGGAUAGCGGAAUUGUUUCGGGACGUCUUUUGGGUUACGGCGAAUACGCCUUAAAUGAUUCUGGUUUGCAAACCCGCCAAAUGGAUAAAGGCAGCACCUCGGCUGAUAAUAUAUACAACUUUCUCGCUGCCGAAAAACAGGAGAUUGGAUCUGUUAUUAGGACCACCACGCCCUAUCCACAAAAGCCCAGCAGUCUCGAGCUAGGGGCAAGCACUGGAGGCCCUUCAGCCACCUACACAGAUAAAUGGAUGAACUCCUCGAUCACGCGAGCAGGAAACGCCUUUUAUUCCAAGUCUAAUUCGAUCGCCAUGCCAUUGCCCACACACUUGGAAACCGAAUCCGCUGAGCCAAGUCCAACACAAGCUUUCGGACCCAAGAUAGACGGUAACACCGAAGAGGACAUACCCGGCACUGCAAUGCGGCGAUCUCUGGGCCUGAAUCUAAGCCCCAACCUAGGUGGGCAAGAAAAGCUCAGUCAGUCGUAUGAGGUAAUGGAAUCAUCACACUCCAAUGUACUGCCGGAUCAGUUUGGCUAUAAGCAGCUACUACCCACCGAGCGUAAGGUCUCAGUGGGCGGAAGCAGUACUGUCAGCGGAAGUUACUACAGCAGUCGAAAGACUAGCAAAAGCAAUAGCGUAGCCGGUGAUAGCACCGAAGAGCGACGCGUCAGCAAACAAGACCGUGAGGGGCUCGACCCUGAAUCACUCAUGUUUCGGGAUGGAAGGCGCAAGGUGGACAUGGUGCUGGCCUGGGAGGAGGAGGAUUUGGGCGUAAUGACAGAGGCAGAGGCAAAGCGCCGUGAUCUCAGACGCAGCUUUAUGGAUAAUUUGAUAAAGGAAGGCCUGGAAGUAGAGCUGGAGGACAAAUCUCAGUCGUUUAAUGAAAAGACAUUCUUCUUAAAAAUCCAUUUACCCUGGCGCCUGGAAACUCGUCUUGCUGAGGUUAUGAACCUAAAGCUGCCCAUCAAACGUUUUAUCACCAUAUCCGUAAAACCGUCCUGGGAUGACGAAAAUGUCGUAAUGCGUAAUGUGCAAUACUGGAAAGAUGUAUGGCAGCGUCUAACCAAAAAGAUACAGCUUGACCAGAGUUUAUUAGAGGGGGAGACAACAUUUAAGGCAGCCACCGUGCAUGGUAAUCCCGAGGAACAGUUUAUUGUCAAGGACCGUGCCACGGCUUACACCAGUGCCCAGCGUUCCCUAAUGGUGAUGCAAGUCCUCAUUCGUACGCCCUUUGAUGAGAGUGAUCGCAGCGGAAUCCGUCGACUACUCAACGAUGGCACAUAUUUGGCUUGCUUCCCAUUGCACGAGGGCCGGUACGAUCGACCGCAUUCGAGCGGGAUCUCGUUGGACAGGCGCAUCCUAUAUCAAACCUGGGCACACCCCUCGCAGUGGUACAAGAAGCAGCCAUUGUGUUUAGUCCGCAAAUAUUUUGGCGACAAGAUAGCACUCUACUUCUGCUGGCUGGGCUUUUACACGGAGAUGUUGGUCUACCCCUCUGUAGUUGGAUUCCUAUGCUUUAUUUAUGGCCUAGCAACUCUGGAGUCCGAGGAUAACACGCCGAGCAAGGAGAUCUGCAAUGAAUAUGGGACGGGAAACAUUACACUCUGUCCGCUAUGCGACAAGGCAUGCAGCUAUCAACGCCUCUCCGAGUCCUGUUUAUUCUCACGCCUGACAUACCUUUUUGACAAUCCAUCCACUGUAUUUUUCGCAAUCUUCAUGUCCUUUUGGGCCACUACAUUUCUGGAGCUGUGGAAGCGAAAACAAUCCGUUAUUGUCUGGGAAUGGGAUCUGCAUAAUGUCGAUAUGGAUGAGGAGAAUCGACCAGAAUUUGAAACCAAUGCCACAACAUUUCGCAUGAAUCCAGUGACUCGUGAAAAGGAACCCUAUAUGUCCACUUGGAGCCGCGCUAUACGUUUCGUUAUUACCGGCAGCGUCGUGCUCUUUAUGAUUUCAGUAGUGCUUUCGGCUGUGUUAGGUACCAUCAUUUAUCGCAUAUCGUUGGUGUCUGUUAUCUAUGGAGGUGGAGGCUUCUUCGUCAAAGAGCAUGCCAAACUCUUCACCACAGUGACAGCGGCGCUCAUCAAUUUGGUGGUCAUAAUGAUAUUGACGCGAAUCUAUCACCGCUUAGCAAUUAAGCUGACCAAUCUGGAAAAUCCGCGCACGCACACCGAAUACGAAGAUUCCUACACCUUUAAGAUAUUCUUCUUCGAAUUCAUGAAUUUUUACUCUUCACUUAUCUACAUAGCGUUUUUCAAGGGCCGUUUCUUUGACUAUCCCGGGGAUGAUCAGGCGCGUCGUAGUGAAUUCUUUCGGCUGAAAAAUGAUAUUUGCGAUCCGGCAGGAUGCUUGUCUGAGCUAUGCAUUCAAUUGGCCAUCAUUAUGGUAGGUAAGCAGUGUUGGAACAACUUUAUGGAAUAUCUGUUUCCCAAAUUCUGGAACUGGUGGCGUCAGCGAAAGCACAAACAAGCCACGAAGGAUGAAUCGCAUUUGCACAUGGCAUGGGAGCAGGACUAUCACAUGCAGGAUCCAGGUCGCUUGGCUCUCUUUGACGAGUAUCUUGAAAUGAUACUUCAAUACGGCUUUGUCACACUAUUUGUGGCAGCGUUUCCAUUGGCUCCGCUUUUUGCACUCCUCAAUAAUGUGGCCGAAAUACGAUUGGAUGCCUACAAGAUGGUGACACAAGCUAGGCGCCCGUUGGCGGAACGUGUUGAGGAUAUUGGCGCCUGGUAUGGCAUACUUCGCAUCAUUACCUACGCAGCUGUGGUGUCCAAUGCCUUUGUUAUUGCCUACACAAGCGAUUUUAUACCAAGAAUGGUUUACAAAUUCGUCUACUCGGACACCCACACCUUGGCAGGCUAUAUAGAACACUCCCUAUCUAUUUUUAAUACCUCCGACUACAAGGAGGAAUGGGGCGCAACAAGCAGUGAACGUGAUCCAGAUACUUGCCAGUAUAGGGGAUAUCGAAAUGGACCCAAAGACUACGAACCUUACGGCCUAAGUCCUCAUUAUUGGCACGUAUUUGCCGCACGUCUGGCCUUUGUUGUGGUGUUUGAGCACGUGGUCUUCGUAAUUACUGGCAUUAUGCAAUUCAUUAUCCCCGACAUUCCUGCCGAGGUCAAGACACAAAUGCAGCGCGAACAGCUGCUAGCCAAGGAGGCCAAAUAUCAGCAUGGCAUUAAACGGGCCCAAGGUGACAAUCAGGACAUUAUGAGUCUCUUUCGUGAUGCCAGUCAACGGACCUCAAUAGCUGGCAGUCAGACCACUGCACGAGGUAGCUGGGCUCGGCGCUUCAGUCGCCUAAGUGAUGGCCUCGAUGCACAUGUGGAGGUUGCGGCUCGCCCUCGCCGUUCAAUGGAGUCCACUGUUUGGGAGGUUUCCUGA